CAAAACAGUAAAUGUAUCGCAUUCGAUAGGCGGUAAAUCCGAAGCGCCUAAGUUGCAUGUAUAUAUACAUAUAUGCUAAUCGUAAGCGUACAUGCGCAUACAAGUAUAUCUAUCUGUCAAACGAACGAUAUUAUUUGCAUUUUUAGACUUUGUAUAGCAAUAGUGUGUCUAGAUCGCAUAAAAUCAUGUAUGAAAUAUCCUAGUGUCUUUUCUGAUAAGUAUAAACUAAUGUAGUUAUCCUAUAGUUUAUCGUAAUUUGUCAUUUUCUAUAUUAUUCGCUGUACAACAGCACUAUUAAAUGUGUACAAAGUGAAUUAAGAAUGGCUAAAUAUACACUGCUGAGUUUGUUAAUACAAAUUUCCAAGCGAUUUACAAUGGACUUUUCUUAAGUUUAUCUCAAAUGACAUUAAGUUCGUGUUCUUUUAUGGUCGAACCUAUAUAUACCUCGCUGCAAUUGAAAGGUUCCAAAGAAAAACAACGAAUGUAUCGUUUCAUAUUCCUUCACAAAUAGCUGAUAGUAUUAUAAUUAUAUAUUAUAAAAUGUAAGCUAACCUUCAAAGAACAACCUUAUAUAUACUUCUAAAUAUUAUUUAAUUUAAACUAUGUAUAAAAAUUUGUGUUCAUUUUGAUUAUAGAAACAUACAUAGUAAUUUCCUUCUAAAUAUAAGAUAGAUAUGUUUGAGAAGCUGUUGUAGUAUCAAAUUCAACAUGGUACGUGUAAUCACAGUUCAUAACUUUUUGGGACAAAACAUUACUCAAAUCGAGGAGCCAACUGCAAGUUGCAUAGCAAAUGCAUCUGGACGUGAAAUGCUUCUUUUAGCACUUUCAACGCAUUGCGUAGAAGUGUGGGAAUUGAUGGUCUCUGAUAUUAAGCUGCAUACUGUUUUUCCAACAGUUGAUACGAUUAAUCAAAUGGUACAUUGUACCAAAGGAGAUUAUGUUGUAACAUUAGAAUCAAAAGUGAUCAGAGAUGCAAGCAUUAAUAAUCAUAUUGGAAAGGCAACUAAUAACUUUGUGAGAAUUUAUGUUAAUUGGGCUGUAGUAAAAGAUCAAAGUCAACCUAUGCGUGCUAGAAUAGCAGGACGUGUUACUCCAAGUUUGAAUCGACCAUUAAAUAGUUUAGAGAUGAUAGAACUGCCAUUGAGUGUACAGCCCACAUUAAUUGCCUGCUGUCAGAGUACUGGUAAUCUUCUAGUAGCUUCAGGAAAUAGUGCCAUUCUACAUGAAUUCAAAAUUGAAACACAGCAAGUAUCAAAGAUGAAAUUUAUAGAUUUUGAAGCCAGACCAUGGUCUUUAGGAUUCUCAUUUUCCCCCACUCAUAUGGAAAUUGUUGAAGAUUUUAUAUCAGUUACGGAUAAAUCAAAUUUAUGCGUUUUUCGAUUGACCAAUUCCAUGUACGAAGACAUUGAUCAAUUGAGUUCUUUAACUUCUACAAAUUCUUCAUCCAUUGAUAAAACUUCUAUAUCUACCGAUUCCUCGCUCGUGGAAAAUAGCAAUAAUAUGGGAAAUCAAGAUGACAGUACAAUACUGCAAGCAACAAAUUCAAAAGGUAAAAUAUCUGUCCAAGAUCUUUACUGUACUGUAUCAGAAAACAAUGAUUCAUUGGGAGCAACUACAAAAUCCAAAAGCAAGAGGCAUAAGAAUUCUAAAGCAAAUAUAUGGAACAAAUUGGAAACAGGAGACUUGAAAAAAAUAAAAUCUAAUAAUAAUGAAAGUAUCAUAGAUUUGGAUCAUCUAAUGUACAAUGAAAAAGAUGAGUUGCAAAGAUUAAUUGAUCAAGAAAUUAUAGAUGGGAGUUCACAACCACUGACUAUCAAUUUACCAUCUAUAAGUCUGGAAAGAGCAGGACCUGGACAUACUUUGAGCCCUUUUAUAUUAAAUCCAUCAGAUAUAAAGAUCAUAAUCAAAACGAAUUCUCCUGAUUUAGGAUGGUCAGAAAAUUAUAUGAUAAAGAACUUGUUGUCUCUUAAAAUAAUGGCAGCUAACAAUAACUCUAAAUUUGAUGGAAAUUGUGAACUGUUCAGUUGUUCUUUGCUAAAACCAUUGUACAUGAAAAAAGAGUGCAAUAAUUCUUGCGUAAAAAAAUCGAUUCUCAGAUCAGACAAGUACACGCAUUUGCAGGGUGUAAGUUGUUUAUUAUGUACACUUCAAGAAGGAUAUCUUUAUCACUUCUCUGCAACUAGUUCAAAUCCUACAGAUGCAACUUGCUUAACUACAUAUCCAUUUACUGCACCUGUUAAUCAUAUUGCACUGGAACACACUGCUUUACAUGCAUUAACCGAAGCUGGUCUCGAAUCUUACACAUUACGUAUAUCCCAUCAUAUCGCAAGAACAUUGAAUAACAUCGAUAAUAUAAAAAUAACAUGCCCUAGUGUCUCUGAGCCUGUUUGUUUGAUCGGUUUACGUCCGUUCCUAGGGAUACAACAAUUACUACAUAGCAAAAACUACUUGAUUCUCUUAGCCAGAGCUGACAAUUCUUGGACUUUAUACUCUCUAAUUUUACCCAAGCUGGAAAACUUAUAUUACGAUAUUUUAAAUGUAGCAAGAAGUCACAAAUCUUCCAGUCCAAGCACCUACAGACAUCUAUUAGGCGAGGCUCAUGCUUUAAUACGUUUAGCAAAAGAUGCUGCAUAUAAUUGCUCAGACAUUAACGAAUUCGAUGAUAGCGUUAAUAAAAAUGGACUGAAAUUGAGGAAUUUAUAUAAUCAAUCGUGUGCCCUACUUGGAGAUUAUUAUAUUCGUUCCGAGUACGAGUCGGAUUGGGAUCUUUGCAUACCUUAUUACAAAAUGUCGGGACUAAAACCUACAGAAGUGUUGUCCAGAAAGUCGAGUCAAGAUGCACCGGGUCUUGUUACAUUUCUAACGGAUGUCCUUCUAACGAUGAAAAGUGGCUCAGAAGCUGAUGCUUUAUUCCAAGGAUAUAAUAUUGUAGAAAUCAUUUGUAAAUUGAAGAAACUAGACCUGCUUAAAUUGAUCUUCAGUAGUCCUGUAUUACGGGAAUAUACUACAGAGAAGCUGAUACAUAUUUUACUGUUGUACGAAACAGACGAGUUAAUCAAGUUAGCUUUGGCAUUGUUGCAUAUACAAGCUGAGAAACAAGAACAAGCAGAAAAAAUACUCGAACCAGUUUCGGCGCUAUGUAUUAAAAGAAUAGUCGUAGAACAUUGGGACAUAUUAUUUGAUAUGACUGCGAUGAAGAAGAGAAGCCCGAUGAUUCCAACGUUCUCCGACUUUGCGGGGAUGUUGAUGCGUCAGAAGAAUUCAACUUUCGCUGAAAUUUUAAUACAGAUAAUAGAAGAUGAUGGAAUUUUAUCUCUUCAUCAAAUUAUACAGGUGUUUUUAGAAUAUUUACCGUCAAGGGUUGGAAGAGAUGGACACAAUGCGGCCAUGACCUUACAAGUUUUCCUCGAGAGAUAUCUUCAUAAUUAUUUCAGUACAAAGUUAAUCACCGACUCGUCUGUUAUAAGUAAAAAUCAAAUACGCACGGAUUUCGCUUUGAUAGAAUCGUUUAAGUUAUUAGUAAGAUCGUACUUAGGCAAAUUAACUCAAACCAAAGUGUACAAAUUAGAAAGUAAAGAUAAUAACGUACAGGAAAGCUAUGAUAAUUUCAUGUUCGCAAAAUUCAGACCUCAUUAUCUGAACGGAAUGCCACCGUAUGCGACUGAUUAUCAAAAGGUGUUGAACAUGUGUGAUCUAAAGGAUUUCAUUAAUAUCGAUAAGACUGACACUGAGAAAACUGUACCCACGGAAUUGUUUAAGUUGCAGUCUAUAUUAUCCUGCGAUUUUAUACCAAAUGAAUGCUUAUACGAAGUCAAGCAGUUCCUCGAAACACAAGAAAUUGAUGGUAGCUUAUCUUUGAAAACAUUGUGUAUUAAAAAUACGGAAGAAGUAACAGCUCUUCUAAUGGAGAAAUGUCCUCAAGCAGUUGUACAAUAUGCAAAGGAUAUGUAUACCAAAGACACCGAAUGGAAAUAUUUAAUCGAAUUAACGCAGAAUAAAAUUUCUGCAUCGGUCACGCGGCAAGAGUUGAAUUGUUUGUAUACACAAAUAAUGAAAGCAAUUCUAAAUUAUUUGCCACAUACAUUAUCUUUAAAAAGUCUUCAUCGUGUUUUGCCGAAAGAUGAUGUAAUAGCAUUUCAGAAAUGCAGUGAAAUGUGUAAUCAAAUUAUGCAUGCGGAACAUGUUAAAUCUUUGAUAAUGGAAACUGGACAGCAACUGUUAUCAACUUUAAAAUUGUGAAUAGCAAUUUCAGCGAAUUAAUUAUAUAUCGCCGUUUGACGAUGACAUAGGUCCAAUUUACAUACUUCAGUUGGGAAAGGAAACCGUAUGACUCAAGUGCAACAGAAAGUUUUGUUGCAUAUAAAUUAUGUAGGAGAAUUAGAAUUGAAACAAAUAAUAUUUAGUCGAAUUUGUUGAGAACAAUAAUUCUACAUGUGAUACGAUUUUCGCGAAGUCUUAAUUAAUCCGCUUAAAGUUACUUGACAUUGAAUACAACUACUGAACCCAAUUCUAUAAAAUAGAGCGAUUUCUUCUUGCAGAAUAUACUUCAAUUCCUGGAUAACUUUUUCAUCAAUUUUACUUUCGUGAUCAACUUUUUUUAAAUAAUUACUGUCAAAUGCACAAUUACCGCGAUACAUCUUGGCUAUUUUAUUUAGAUCCAAUUAAUUAAAGCACAUAAAUUAUAUCAAAAAAUGUCAAAAUUUUAAGACAAAUACUAUAGAUAAAAUUAAUUCACCUAUAACUGAUUGUUGAAAUGUUCUAUAUAGAUAUAUAUUGUAUUAUGUCUAGACGUAUGUUAUCUUACCCUUAACCGAUGAACUAGUUGAAUCAUAGUUAAUAAAAAUUUAUACAGAAUCGAGCAUAUACAGAUAGAUAUUCAAAUUUUGCAGUGUUAUACAUACAGGUAUUUAAUAUAAAAGAUUGCUUUCUACUCUGAACCAAGAAAUUCUGUAACGAUAAUUACAUAUUUUUGACUGUUGGUUGAAUAUUUCUAAAAAUCUGUUGAAGAUUGUUUAUAUUUUAAUCAUUAAGGGCAGGAUGGCAUGUGUUUAGAAAAACACAUAUUACUAAGAUAGUUAAUUUUUAUUAUAUUCGUUGAUCUUACGAUGUAGUAUUUUCAUCACUUUCUAAAUGUUACAGAAUAUGUAACUUUAAUGUGCCUUUAGGACUAAUUUCUCUUUGUUAUAAAUCUAAUAAUAUAAUUAUGUUAGAAGUGAUCUAUGAUAUUUAUAAAUUAUGAUAAAAUAUAUCUGUAACUCAUGUGACGAUGUUUCUCUUUUAUCGUACAAUCGUACUUUUACUUAUGGUUCUACGUAUUUGUUUUAAAGAAAAAUAGAAAUCACCUA